AUGAACAUCCUCACCAUCACAACCGGGAUCCUCUCCCUCUCCCUCCCCCUCUCAACAUCCGCCUCUAUAAGCGCCCCACCCGGCUGCCCCCUCCCAACCUGGACAGUCACCUCCUUCACCUGGCACAACGGCUCCCACAGCCUCGACUGCAUCCACAACGCCGCCGACAUCGCCACAAAAGGCUGCCUCCACCAAAACACCUGGGCCACCCCCAACGAAACCACCUGUGCCUCAAUCGGCGGGAGCUGGGUAAACGUCUGCUACACAGGAAUGCCAAACUACUCACCAUGGGGCUACGGGCCCCCCCAAACGCUCGACAUAAAAUUCACCGACGGCCCCACCUGCCACGACGAGUACAUCGGGUACCGCGUGCACGAUAUCGGGAAUGGAGAGAGUAACUGCGGGUAUGCGGACCGGGGCAUGGGUCGCAUAAUAUCCUUCUACGGCUCCUCAAACCAGGAUGCUUCGACCGGCCAUAUGGAGUAUAUACUCGGGGCGGGCCAUGCGCUGGCUUGUGCGAAUGGGAGCAGGAUUACUUACUCCGGGAAAACGGAUUUCGCAUUGAAUUGUGUGCAUGACGCGUUUUUUAAUGCGUCUUGUACGGCGGAGCCAUUUGAGGUUCCGGUUUUGGGGUUUGAGUGGGUGGAAUAG